AUGCUUGACCGGAAGUCCUCAUUUUCGUUGGGACACUUUGACGUUAACAGCUCUGGGCAGAAAGCUGCGAUGCUGUCAGUUCUCAUUAACCUGGAGGUAAAAUGACCGAAAAACGAAGCGAGGCUCCGGUUCUUCCUGUCGGACUCUGAGCUGAGGAGCAACGGGCGGCUGUGGGUCGGAUCCACGGGGCUUCCGCUGCACCGCUGGGCUCCGCCAGGUCUUCACAGGGCGGGGUGAUGUUUAGGUUCCGGUAUAAAAGCGGCACGAAAAUGGGAACCAGACGAGACGAGGAGCCGGCUGACGACGCGGAUCUUUUAUCUCAGAGACAGGAAUGAGAAGCUCGGCGUGAAGGAGGGGCAGGGCGGCGGUGUAACCGUCUGUGGAGGGCCCUGGCCGGGUUGAAGCGUGUCUCUGCCUCCGCCUCCUGUCUGUCACUGCUAUGAGGACGCUUUUUACUCUCUGUUUGUUCCUGAUCGGUGGAGCGGAGCGGGCGUGGGCCACCGGGAACCUGACCGUGGACAGCAGCACCGUCACCAACCGGGGGAACCACACCGGGUACAUCACGAUCGGUGACGGAUCGUCGCAAGAAUUUGAGUUUCCGGAAAACACGGAAGGGGUGAUCGUGAUCUCCAGUCGGUACCGGGGCUCCCCGACAGUUCGGGUUCGCUCUUUGGACCCAGAGGUCCUGUCCAUCCUGAAUGUGACGGACGGCGGCCAGACUGGACCCGCCGGCAGCUUUAUCAUAAACAUCCGCUCCGGGUUUCCAGGCAGAGCUCCGCUGCACAUCCAGCUGAUGAACCUGGACAGGGACUCUUCCCCGGUUCUGAUCGAGGAGAGAACGGAUUACACCAUCAGAGUGGAGCCCGGUGAGGACGACCAGGCCACCCGGCUGCUCCAGUCCGGGGGCUUGUCCCACUUCACGGAGAACCCGGUGCUGUUCGCCUUGCUGCCCCUCAUCUUUGUCAACAAGUGUGCCUUCGGCUGUAAGGUGGAGGUGGAGGUUCUGCGGGGGCUGUGGAGGAGCCCUGUGCCCCUGCUGCUGGGGGUUCUGGCCCAGUUCCUGGUGAUGCCGCUCUAUGCCUACUGUGUGUCCCGGCUGCUCUCACUGCCCAAGGCGCUCUCCCUCGGCCUGGUCAUCACCUGCUCUGCCCCUGGGGGAGGGGGUGGCUACCUGUACAGCCUGCUGCUGGGGGGGGAUGUCACCCUGGCCAUCUCCAUGACGCUGGUGUCCACUGUGGUGGCCACGGCAGCCAUGCCGCUGUCCUCUGCUCUGUAUGGCCGACUGCUGGGCGUGCACGCUGCCCUCCAUGUGCCAUUUGUGAAGAUAUUGGGGACCCUCUUGUUCAUCGCUAUCCCCAUCUCCUUGGGCAUGCUGAUCAAGCUUCGCCUGCCGGCUCUAACCCGUGUCCUGCUAGUGCUCAUCCGACCCUUCAGUCUCGUGCUCAUGAUCGGUGGCAUCUUCAUGGCCUACCAAAUGGGUGCGUCCAUCCUGUCCAACGUCCAGCCCCAGAUUGUUGCAGUUGGGGUGACUGUGCCUUUGCUGGGCCUCUUGGUUGGUGCCAUCCUGGCCAGAAUAGCACGCCUGGCCAUACCACAGAUGAAAACGGUGAGCAUCGAGGUGGGCGUCCAGAACAGCCUGCUGGCUCUGGCCGUCAUGCAGCUGUCGUUCCGGCGGGUGGAGGCAGACUUUGCAUCCCAGGCGCCCUUUAUCGUGGCGCUCAGCAGCACCUCAGAGAUGUUACUUAUCGUCCUGGGAUACUUUGUCCAGCGGAGGCUGUGCCGCUCUGCUGACCUCAGGAGUGACGCCUGAUUGUAGCGAAAGAACUUUCCUGAAGACUGAACUUUAAUGGGACGUUUGUACUGCCUUGAAGGCGACCGACAGAUCGAGUCCAGUCAUCACUGUUGUACAGCGGACAGUGACAAUGACUUUUUGUGCUUAUUUUAAUGUUGUUUUUGGUAUGUUUUUUGAUGAAAACCAAAGGCCUUUUACCCCCCCAAGACCUUCUUGUGUGUCGGUCCUUUUUUCAGAUCAGAUUAUACUGUGAGGUAUGUCGUGUUGAAAUUCAUAAGAAGAGAGAAGCCUAUGACAGAAGAUAUUUUUCUACCAGACUACUUUUUGUAAUCUUAAAAUCAAAGACUGAAAAUGUAUCAUGUUUACAAGUGAUCUACGUGUCUUAGACUGGGAGGGGAACACCGUCGCUUCAAGAGGAAGCUCUCACAAUCUACAGUACGAGAAACUUUUCAGAAAGUAUUUGCCACUGAUUGUGUCCUGGAUGUUUUACAUCCAUGUACUUGAAUAUUUGCAAGUUAUGAAAAGCCAAUAAAAGUCCUUGUGAGAGCUUUAAUUUAUCAGCUGUUUGUUUUCUGAUGAUCAUAACUAGAAACUAUCUUGUUUUCCUGAUGGUUCUGCUUAGGCCUGAUAACACAGUUUGGCAUGAUUCAGGAUUGCUUAUUUCCCUUUUACCCAUGAAUAGACAAAAACUUUUACACAACGCUUGUCUCAAUAACAAAAUGUGAACCGUUACAGUUUGCUUAAGUAUUCACUCCUCCUUAACCAUUCUUUCCUUGCCUCCCAACAUCAAGCUUGAAUGUCCUUUAUUCGGAUUCUGUUCCGGACCAACACAAAGUCCAGAACUGAGGAAAAGUUCUUGAUUCUUACAAAUGAAUGAAAUUAUAGUUUUUUUUCUUACCCUCCUUAACUAUGAAUUUCUUAAAACCAAAUCCAGUGAAACAAACUCCAUUAGCUGUGUGCCAUUGAAUGCAUGAAUGAUUCAAUUAUUCUAAAAGGACAUUUUUCAAAUUUUUAUUUUUAGAAAAAAAGUGUUGGGGAAAAAAUGGACAACUAAUAUUCCCUUUCACUUGUUUAUCAGUCAAAUUAAGUCCUAAUGAUGUAAUAUGUAGACAAAAUGUAUGACGGGGUGUGAAUACUUUCAUAGCUGCCCUGAAAAGAGACAAAUGAGGAUGUUUAAUUUUUCGCUAAACUUUGCAUCUUAAGAACCUGAGUUUCUUCGGCUCACAGCUGAAAAAAAAUGUUCUGUGAAAAUGUUUCUAAUUAUCUUUGUGUAUUUAAGUCUUUUAAAUGUGUUUUUUUGUUGUUUUGCAAAGUGAAGGCCAACAAAACUGAGUGAGGAAGCAAACAACUAGAAAAGAAAGUAAAGAAUUCCGGGAAGAGAUGUGAGUUUACUUGAAAAGCAUCAUAAAAAAUUGUUUUCCAGAG